AUGAUAUUAUUGAAAAUGGAAAAACUUGAAAAUACAUUAAUUAAAUAAUUUAGAAGGUCAUAGCGAGGCUUUCUGUUCGGUCUGCAUUUCUCCUUAUAGAACUACUUUAGCAUUUUGUAGUUAUGUUAACUCUAUUAGUUUAUGGUAUAUAAAACAUGAUUAUAAAAAGGCUAACUAAAUGGUCAUACUACUAUCUUCUCAGUAUGCUUCUCUCCUGAUCAAAUUAUAUUACCAUCUUGUAGUAGAGAUAACUCUAUCAGAUUAUGGUGAUUAUAUAGGAUAAUAAUAGGCCAAAUUGAAUGUUCAUAAUAGUCAACUUGCUAAACUACUGAAGAAAUUAAGACAGAAAAGGAAAUUUAACUUAAAGAUAAUAGUUUUAAAGAUUAGGUGUCAUAAAUAAAACUCAACUUUUAUAAGACAUUAUCUCCAAAGUAUCUAUUUCUUAAUAAUUUAUACACUUCGAAUAUAUUUAUUCUCCUUAUUUCCCAAAGAAAAAUAUCUUAGCAUGAGGAGCAUAAAUCUUGAAAGGAGAAUUUUUCAAUCAUUAAGGAGUAGAUUUAAGAUAAUUUUUCAAAUCUAAAGGAAGUUGAUUCUUAGGAUAGCCAAAUUGAAAGGAGUUAAUUACUAGAACAUUAAUGACCAGAAUAUUUUAAUUAUAUGA